CUUGUUCCCAUAGAAUCUGAGACUGAAUUAAUGUUCAGUUCAUGUUGAAUUCACAUUGAACGAAGUCUCAUCUUUAAUAUUAUUAACCUUUUUUUCUGGUGUUUCGUAAAUUGUUUACAAUUAAAUUCUGUUCACUAAUUGUGCCAAUCAAAGGAGAGAAAAAGAGAUCAAGUGUGAAAAGUGACUGUUUAAUUGAUUUUGUCUCUUUCAUUAACAACAAUUAACCUUUGACACCAACAAUCAGUGCCAAUUGAAUUAAACAAUUUUGUUUCUUGUAGUUGUUUUGAUUAAUUGUCUGGUUUACACUCAAUUACUUACAAUUGACUCUGUUAAUUGCUUGUAAGCUCAACUAUAAUAUAAUCAAUUUCCAAACAAUUAACCAGAAAACUUGAUCAAAUUUAUGUGAUCACUUCAAGGUAAGUGUUAAGUAAAUGGAUAACAUUUGAAAAACAAUCAACAAUUAACACCAAAGAUCAACAAUCACCAACCUCUAAUCUAAAGGAACCAUUGAUAUAAAUACAACACCGAACGAGAUAAAACAGGAAAUAGGUAACAGAGGAUAAGCGAUGAUAAUAAGAAUUGAGAUGAUGACGAUAUAAGAAAAUGAUGACAUUAUCUUGAGCAUCAUCAUGAUGAACAUGAAGCAGAAAAAAAUACUGAGCAACAAUUUAGAAAUGGAAAAGAGGAAAAAAAUCCAACAAGGAAACGAAAUGAUCGGAAUCCUUGUAAAUGAUCAGUAAUCAUGUUUGGUGAAAAUCUCAUGGUAACAGAAUCAUCAUCAUCAUCUUCAUCGUAAUUACAGUUUACUAAGUGUUCUUGAUAAUCUCUGAUUGAAGAAAAAAGCACCAAGAAAAAAAAGAUAAACAUUCGUCUUCCUGAUAAAUUAUAUUCUUCUCUCAUCUUCCCAUCUCAUCAUCAUUUUCUUUACAUAAUCAACAAUAUAAAAAGAGAGAACGAUUAAUUUCCGGUUCCAUGUUCAUCUCAUAUUAAAAUCAACAAGAGCUCAUCAAGAAACAGUGAUAAUAUUUAUUACUUUUGCUGUGUCAUGAUAAUCAAAGUGAAAUCACCAUCAUCAUAAUCAUAAUCAUUGUUAAUCGUUAAUCUAGUUAAGAGUUGAUAUAAAUUAGCAAAAAAAAACGAAACUCCGACAACAUGAUUUCCAGAAUUUACUCUGAAUCUUUAUCGUUCUCAUCAUAACUGUAAAUCAUCGUAACCAUUGAACUUUUUGCUGAGCAUCUUUUACAUUAUGAGCUCAUCUUCAUCAUCAACAUUAAGCCAAAUGAGUGCAGUUUCAUCUGCAUCAAUUUCAUCACCCACCUCAUCAGGAUCAACAACCGGAUCAACUUCAUCAUCAUCCAUCAGUGAAAAUGAUGAGAUACAAACGAUCAUCGGGAUGAUAAAAAAUUCAUCCUUCAUCGAUAUUGGUCUUUUGAACAACCUUUCGACAAAUGCUUUAUACACUUUACGGAAUUACACUUUGGCCAAUAACAUAAGUCUCCAUUUUGACCUUGAUAAGCCCAUGAAACGGACGGUGGGCGAUGAUUAUCUUGAACACCGACCCGCUCUUCAAGUUUUCUUUUACUGUCUUUAUGCUCUCAUCUUUCUGAUCGGUAUUUGUGGUAACACUUUGGUCUGUUACGUUGUCUUCCGUAAUAAGCAAAUGCACACAGUGACCAAUCUGUUUAUCACCAAUCUCGCUCUUUCGGACAUUCUACUUUGCAUAUUUUCCGUUCCCAUUACACCUUUAUAUCUAAUAUUUUACAAAGAGUGGGUCUUUGGUAAGGCUUUGUGUCACCUUGUCCCAUAUGCUCAAGGAGUCUCCGUGUACAUCUCAGCGUUUACCUUAAUGUCCAUUGCCAUAGAUCGUUUUUUUGUCAUCAUUUAUCCAUUUAAACCUCGAAUGAGGAUAAACGUUUGCCUAACAAUAAUCACUUUUGUCUGGAUAUCGGCGGCAUUAUUGACUCUUCCGUACGGGCUUUUUGUCAAAAUGGUUGGUGAUGAGAGAGGCGAUCACUAUUUGUGCGACGAGUUUUGGCCUGUAGAAGAAUCGAGGAAAGCCUUUGGCUUUUCAACGAGUGUACUACAGUUUGUUAUUCCUUUUACCAUAAUAACUUUCUGUUACAUUCGAGUUUGUGGUAAAUUAAGAGAUCGAGCAAGAUCAAAACCCGGAGAAAAGUCGGUUAAAAAAGAUGAAAUUGAAAGGGAAAGGACAAAACGUACUAAUCGUAUGUUAAUCUCAAUGGUGGCCAUUUUUGGCAUCUCCUGGUUACCCUUGAAUAUCCAUAAUCUUGUUACCGAUUUUUACAUUCCCGCCGGUGAAUGGGAAUACUUUAAGCCUUUCUUUUUCUUGGUCCACGCGGUGGCCAUGUCGUCCACUUGUUACAAUCCCUUUUUGUAUGCUUGGUUGAAUGAAAAUUUUCGAAAAGAGUUUAAGCAAGUUCUACCCUGUUACACGAAUUCGGGUCCACCAUUUCCAUUUCGUCGAGCGACUUCAGUCGGAGGUGGAGGUAUAAUGACCGAAGGUCAAGGUAAUGGAACUAAAAACACUGAAGGAAACGGAGGAAGUGGACGAAGUGUAGGAGGAGGUGGAGGUGGUGUUAGUGGGAGAAAUGAUGGAAAUGGAUCGUUCAAGUUGGAAAAAGCUUGUAAUGGUCAUGAGCUUAUCCAUCGAACCUGUGAUUCUAAAAGUCCGGCCUCAAUUAUCCCCAUCAUGGUGAUAAUGAUCAUGAAAAUCACCAUGAGGAUUAUGAUGAUGAUGGAUUUGAUGAUAGACCAUUAA